CGUUUAAUCAGUGGAGUGUUUGUUGCUCAUAUUGUGCUGCUGUGCGUUGUUGUGCUAAAUAUAGUGUUCGUUGUUUCGUUGCCGUGAAUUUCUCAAUUUUUGUGCUUUGCUUAGUGGGCAGCAAAUUGUACGAAACAUAUCAGUUUCUGUAAUUUUCUCUUGUGUAGGUAAAGGUGUGGUUUUUGAUGUUUCACCACUUCCUGAGCAAUAGUUCAUCGGCUAAAUGUUUCGAGUCUAAAGUGAAAUACAAUAAACUUAUGUGAAACAAUAUUAUUGUCUUUCUCUGCAGUUUUUUUUAAUUGGACUAUACGCACAGACAAUUACCAUUAUGAGCGAAUAUCUCACAAGUAUGACUUUCGACUACGACGAAAUUCUUCGUGAAUUGAAAGACUGCGACAUCGUGGAGUUCAACAGAUUAAAGUACUCACACUUUGCAUUGCACAUAGCGAAUGGCGUAUUCGUUCAUGUUACAGGGAACGAAGGUGAGAACAAGGGAGGCAGUAAAGGAACCAAAUGCGCUCAACACCUUCGCAGUAUUGCUAAGAAUGACCCUUGUCGAAUCAACAAUUUGGAAUUUGCGAAAGCUUUUCAAGAAGUGGGUGCUGGUGAUUUUGGACGUUUGAAAACUAGAUCGGUUGCGGACACAAAGCGGCUUGCAUUGACUGGCCUACGUUUGGACAUAAAUGGUCAUCCACUGUUGGGAACUGAUAAUGGUAUCACCGUAACAUAUGAUCUUCUCGGAUGGAAUUGUGAGCGAUACUGCACCUACUGGAAAUAUGACUGUGAUGGAUUUAGUCAACAGGCUUAUAAUGGCGUUGUCAGUACAACCAUAGGCAAUGCUCAACGAUUAUGUGACGGAGCCGCAGCCGGCUAUUUCAGAGCUGUGGAAUCCGAUGAGGUCCCUUUUGUCGCUAAGCCUUUCUGUGCAGCAGCUGGUUGUGUUAUGAAAGGCGCUGCAAUUACAGUUGGAACUGGCAAAGCUGUUGUCGAUGGAGCGACCAGUCUGUUGUAUGGCAUUGGCAAUGGCGUAAUGAACUUGUUCGAAUAAACAUUGAACUAUUGUAGCCGUGAAUUGAACGAAAAGUGAACGAUUUAAUUAUUCUAUAAAUCAAUAAAAAAAAAUAGAAAC